UUUUAGGCUGACUUUUACAUCGUCCGCCUCGUGCGGUGGUCCGUAACCACUCGAAGUUCUUGAUAUUUUCAAAACAAUGAUUACUGUAGAGUAACAAGUUUCUGAUUUUUUGAUUGUCACAUAUAAAAAUUUUCCAAUAUAUAAUAGUACUUAUCGCAAACAAUUAGCAACCGAAUUUUCUUCAAGUUUUUGGUAAUCAUGGAUGAUAUAAGAGAUAAUGGGCAUAACAAAAUAUGCUAUAAAUUGGUACUUACAGGAGGUCCAUGUGGUGGUAAAACUACAGGACAAACACGACUCUGCACUUUUUUUGAAAAUCUUGGAUGGAAGGUUUUUCGGGUACCAGAGACUGCUUCGGUUUUGCUCAGUGGUGGCAUAAAAUUCAGUGACUUGAGUGAAGAUGAGGCAAUGGAAUAUCGUCAUAAACUAAGCAAAUUGGACAAACCUUCGAAAUAUAAGGGCGAUGCUGUGCAUUUUCAAGAGAACCUCUUGAAAACAAUGAUUCAAAUCGAAAAUACAUUUUUCGAACUGGGACGUAGUUCAUCCAGAAACUGUCUCAUCAUUUGUGACCGUGGUACAAUGGAUGCAUCGGCCUUCAUUUCCAAGGACAAGUGGGAAACCAUAAUGAGGGAAAAUGACUGGAAUAAUGUGGAGUUGAGGGAUAACCGAUACCAUCAAAUUAUCCACAUGGUAUCUGCAGCGAAAGGAGCCGAAGAGUUUUACUCAACUGAGGAACACAGUUGUCGUUCUGAAGGAGUUGAACUGGCUCGUGAGUUGGACUCUAAAGCAGCAGCUGCCUGGAUUGGUCAUCCGUACUUCGAUGUGGUAGAUAAUUCCACAGAUUUCGAAGGAAAAAUAAGAAGAAUGAUAGGAUCGGUUUGUCAAAAAGUGGGUCUUGAUACUGGUGACAGAUUGUUGAAAAACUCGAGGAAAAGAAAGUUUUUGGUUCGUGGACCUCUUCCAAGAAGUUCAGUAUUUCCACCUUAUCAAGAUUUCGAGGUUAUUCAUAAUUAUUUGACUUCCAAAUGUCCUAAUCAGAUAAGGUUGAGGAAAAGGGGACAGAAAGGACAUUACAGUUACAUACACACUGUAAGAAGAAAAAAUAUGCCCAGUGGACAAAUCAUAGAAGUGAAAACUCAAAUAACGCAUAGGGACUACAUCAAUUUAUUGACCCAAAAAGAUGAUAGUCAUUUCACAAUUUUUAAGCAAAGAAGAUGCUUCCUUGUGAACAAUCAAUAUUUUCAAAUGGAUAUUUAUCAGGAACCUAGUCAUCCAAGAUGCAGAGGACUUGUGCUGUUAGAAACAUAUUCUACACUAGAAGAGCAAACAUUGCUUGAUUCGUUGCCAGAAUUUUUGGACAUAGAGAAAGAGGUUACAGGAAAUCCAGAUUAUUCAAUGUACAACCUAUCUCUGAGAGAAGACUGGACAACAUCCAAUAACUUUUGGAAUUCCUCCAUAGGCGAUGUAUCAUCCAAUGAAUACACAGGCACUGAGGUUAAAGUGAAUGGAUAUGGAAAGAAGCUUGUAAAUGGGACUUGUCCAUCAGAAGCACCGAAAUUGAAGGACAGUGUAUAAAUAGUGUAUUAUUUUUCAAAGUAGUGAGUUUUAUCUUUGUGUACUUAGAAUUCAGGUCUUUCUCUUUUGAUCAAGCUAGAUAAGAUAUUCAAUGUUUUCUAUAAUCUUGAAAUUAUUUAUUUAUAAUAUUAAUUUACAAAAAAAUUUUAUCAUUGUUGACGAUCAUUUGAAUCAUUUGUUUCAUUUUUCACAUUCUCUCCAGCUAAUAUUCAGUAGAAAAUUCAAGAAUAAAUUAAAAUUCAGUGUAAUUUCAUAUUCUAGGAAGAAUACAGUAUUUUUGAAAAUGAAUAUUUUCAUAAUGAUUUAAUGAAUAUGUACCUGCUAAAUGUGUUAAGCCCAUUUUUCCUGACAUUGAAUUGUGAAGAUAUGCCACUGUAUUAUAAUUAAUAAAGUAUUAUCGAUGGAA